GACACCAUGUGAUUUGGAGCACCCUGUUUGUUAUGAUUUACUGAAGUGUUCCUGCAUGUUGGCAAAAGCCCCGCUGCAAACACUGUGUGCUAAAGUGAUAUCCUUCAGGUAGCCACAUUGCAAGUUUGUGUGACUGGUGCUUUCCGAAGAUACAGACUGUUCAUGCAAUGGCUGCUUUUACAAUUGCUGUGUUGGGUCUUGCCCUGAUCGGAGAGAUGGUGUCUUGUCAGGGUCCCGGUCAUGAGGAUCACGUCUGUCAGACCAACGCCACAACAAAAGUGCGCCUGUCAGAUGCUAUGCCGCGUACACCAGGCAAUUUUUCAUUGCACAUCGAGUACCCCGGUGUUCCAAUCCUUGACCUCUGCACUCAUUCGAACUGCACGCUGCUGCUGAGGGUAUGCCUAGGACCAUCGCUGGGGAACAUUAGUCUACAUAGAGCCAAGGGCUUCAUGAGGUGGUGCAGAGUUGGAGCAACACCCCUGGUGAGACAGCUGGAGAUCAAUGUCACGAAAUCAGAAAUGAUCAACCUCGACCACAUCAGGAUUGACCUUCCUGUCAUAUUCCAGGGCCGAAAGAAAAAAGUCCGGUUUUUCUUGGCAGUGUUUGAUAUCAGCGAGUACAAGGCACAGCAGAGCUUGCAGCCCAGAACCGGCGAUGGAACCUCCGGGAAGCUGCUGCGCCUGCAAAUCAUGUCCCCGCCCAUCUCCCCCGUACUCGGUGGCGGGAGCGGCUUUGCAGGUGUUGGAGAGGGACACGACCAUAGCUGUCUGAGGGCAUGCUGCACUGCGGGUGCCACCGUCAACGACAAGGAGUGCCGCUGUUUUGUGUAUGGACGUGGCAAGCUGUCACAUUGUCUGCAUUACCGCUGGAAAUACAGUGGACAAGCACUGAACACUGCACCGUCGCAAAACAGCAACAGCAGUCCAAUGCCGACGGGCAAAAAUACUAUUGCAAGUCAGUCAUGCUUGUUCACAAACUUUGCUCAGAAAAUUGCGCGGCCUAUAAAUCUGCGCAACAUGAAGCCGCAGUUCGAACAGAGACUCAACUGCACCAUCUACUGUGCUGUGCCUGGUGUUUGGUCAGAGUGGAUGCCAUGGACUCAACACCCACUUGCUAGUACUUGGAUGGUUCGAACUCGCCGGUGCUUCAAAGUGCCAGCGGACGAGUAUAGUCCCCUUAAAGUGUUGGACCGUGUGGAGCCAGUGGUACAGUGCAACGGCAGUCCGGUACAGUUUCAAGACAAAGACAGGCCUGAGAAGAAAUUCGUUCCUGAGCAAAGUUGGCAAUGUGAAGGACAUGCAGGAGCUAUCCCGGACAAUCGGGAUUGGCUUGAUCUAAGUGUUUGUCGCAUUUCCCGACGUGUCUGCGUCAGCAGCUAUGUGGAGGAGAAUCCUAUUGACGAUGUUGCCCUGCUGAAUUCAAGCAAAGCGGCUGAAUUCGGUCUACCCAACUGCACUGUGGGAGAAGUUGAAGGGUGCAACAUGGAAUCAAAGUGUGAAAAUCAAAGAAGCAAGCAACUCCCGCAUGGCGGAGGCACUAGACGACCAACAGUAGCACCCUCCGGAGGAGUAAAACCUGUUAUCUUCAUCAGCUGCGGCAUAGUAGGGUUUGUGUGCCUAGCCGGUCUGCUAAUCUUGGCCAUCUGCCUGUAUCGACGCCAGCAGCACAGGCACGCAGAACUUGCUGGUGCCCAGGAGCGCUUGCUUGACAACGUCAAAUCCCUGAGUCGCACGCUAUCAACCCCACAGGCACAACCACCCGCUACUGCACCACCGAGGAAGGGAAUCUUAAGCCGUGGCAAGACCACGCGCUUUGGCAGUGAGUUCUACUCAUCAUCAUCGCCGCCUUCAGGCCGCAGCACCAAGGUUGACUCUCAGUGGACCCAGAGGAGAAAGAAGGCCAGCUUCAUUUCAUCGGAGGACGUGGACCUUAGCACUGAGUAUCAACCAGGGGAUACAUUGCUGACGGUGGCGGGAUGUUUGGCCGCACCACAGCCAUCUCAUGGCCAACCUGCUGGCAAGACACUGCCGCCGGGUCUGGCUAAGCAGUCGACUGCAGAUGAACACGGCAAUGGAACUAGCACCGACGGUGUCAUCGCAGAAUCGCCUGGAAACUCUCGCUCUCUCUCGGCCGGCCGUCCCGGUAACCAGCGCGAGUUGCCACUUCAAGGAUACUCUGCAUACAGUCCACCGGGCAUUGCUGCCAAAGCCUCUCUACGGGUACCACCCGCUACUAGGCCAGUGGAGGACAAAGAUAUUGGCGGCGGCAGUGGUGAUAGUGGCAAUGAUCUCCUAAGCCCCCUUGUUUGCCGGUCAGCGCUUACUCUGACUCCAACACACGCCAAUCCAAAGUCUGUGUCCGCUGAUCAUGGCCUGUACCACGAGCAUGGCAAACGCCGGAAGCCAGGCGCAGCGGCGGUGGAGAAGCAGUUUGUCUGCAGCGAGAGCGCCAUCUCUAAACAGCAUGCACAAAAAGCCGGGAAACGAUCGCCCAGAGAGGACCUGUAUGCACAUGUCAUGGAGUCGCAGCGUCAUUCGUCGGCGGCUCUGCGCCAGUCGAAUAUCAUCAUGAUGUGAGAUAUGCAGAGGUUGCUCGACUUCUAUUUUUUCGUGGGUCGGUGUUGUGAUGGUCAUGCCUGUUCGAAAGGUGCUGUGCGUGCAACUUGUGCCUCUGGCUGUAUUUUUCCUGGCUCCAGUGCUCCUUCCAGUGGCCACACUACUGAGUACACGCUCGUCACAAGUCUCGUGCUACUGGUGAGAGUUGCAUGGCAGUUCUGCAGCAGAAAAUUCCCUGUAGCAGUUAUAAUGCACCUACGCCGAUGGCAAUUGACCGUCAUUCUGUGCACUGAUGUGCGUAUCUGAGAUAAUAUCACUAUUCUUGUACUUUCCUGAAAAAAUAAUGCCGUUCAAUGCCAAGAUGGUCACCACCUCCAUUGCUAUCACUGCUCUCUAUCUUAUCAGCUAGUACGUUGUUACUUACUUCCCGUGUUCGCAAUGCUCCCUGGCUUCAUCACUACAGAUCAGCAGUGUUUGGACAGCCGCGGCAGGACGUUUUAUACAUCAUCCCUCAUUAGUGAUCACACUCUGUGUAUUGUAUUCUUUGAAAUACAUCUAAAGCUUAUCCCGAUCCUGGUCAGAUUUCCACCUUGCAUAAUUUCAUAGUAUUGAAAUUAAUAUUUCCAUUAACUUUGGCUUCUAGCAAUAAACCUAUUGAUUCACUCCUUUCCGUCCAACCCGCAAUCCGUGUUUUCAUGCUGUCUUUGAGCAGUCUUGCAUCUGA